GGGACCCCCGUUUUACGUCCCUCCCGGAAGACGAUUUCGUGGAAAACUUCGAGGGCAGAGACAGACAGCGAGGACCAGACAGGUACGGCAGGUGUGAACAGGCCAGAGGAAAGCGUCACACUGGAAGAUCCUGGGACAGAAACGAAUGAAUCCCAUUCAGUGCUGGAAUCUACCUUGGAUCAACAUGCAAAACACACUGGAGAGAAGCCCUACAUGUGUGGGGAGUGUGGGUACAGGACAGUUCAAAAGUCCACCUUAUCCCAACACAUGAGAACUCACACGGGAGAAAAACCCCACAAGUGUAACCAGUGUGACUAUACCUCAGUACGGAAAUCUAGUUUGGCCCGACAUCAUCUUGCUAAACAUACUGCAGAGAAGCCCUAUAAAUGUGGGGAGUGUGGAUACGGGACAGCUCAAAUGUACCACUUAUCCCAACACAUGAGAAUCCACACAGGAGAAAAACCGUACAAGUGUGACCAGUGUGACUAUUCUGCUACACAGAAAUGGAAUUUGGACCAACAUCUAAGAAAACACAGUGGAGAGAAACCCUACAUGUGUGGGGAGUGUGGGUUCAGGACAGCUCAAAAGUCAACCUUAUCCACACAUAUGAGGACCCACACAAAACCCUACAAGUGUGACCACUGUGACUAUUCUGCAGCACAGAAAUCCAGUUUGGACCAACAUCUAACACAACAUACCGGUUAGGCCUGACUUAUCCCAAUGCAGGAGAAAAAACACAGGAGACAAACCCUUAUGUCAAAGUGGGGGUGGCUGAGGUCCCGGGCUAAGGCGGGCGGGCCUCUUUAUGUAUGGCUGUUAUGACCGUGAAAGGCAGGGCAUUCCACUUCGGUAUUGUGCAGAGGAAAGAAUAUUUCUAUUAUUAUUAUUAGAUAUGUAUAUCACAAGUUCAUCUGAAGUUUUGUAAGUCGUUAUUAGGCGUAAGAAAAAACUCAAGUAAUCU